AUGGCAGCUCUGUUACCUUGCGCGCCCAACGUAGUCUCUGCUCCGUUCGGGAACCGGUGCACGAGCCGCCUCCCGAACCGGCCUCCAUCCCUCGCCUUCUCCGGUACGACCAGACACUUUCUCCGCGGUUCGCUCUCUGUCGCCCGGUUCGGACUCAAACCCGGUUUCUUGCCCGAGCCGGAGGACGCUGAAGGCGUGCUCAGAGAACUGUUUGCCCGAGCGGAGGGACUUCUUUACACGAUUGCCGACGCUGCUGUUUCUUCUUCUUCCGACACGGUUGCGGCUUCUGCCACCGCCAAACAGAGCAACGACUGGCUUUCCGGAAUAACCAAUUACAUGGAGACGAUUCUCAAGGUACUCAAGGAUGGGCUUUCUGCUUUGCAUGUCCCAUAUGCGUAUGGUUUUGCAAUUAUACUGCUCACAGUUCUUGUAAAAGCUGCCACGUUUCCUUUAACCAAAAAACAGGUAGAAUCUGCCUUAGCUAUGCGAACUUUGCAACCUCAAAUAAAGGCUAUCCAGGAGCGGUAUGCUGGUGAUCAGGAGAGAAUUCAACUUGAAACUGCUCGAUUGUAUAAACUAGCCAACAUUAAUCCUCUUGCAGGAUGCCUGCCCACACUCGCAACAAUACCAGUGUGGAUUGGGCUAUAUAGAGCCCUUUCAAAUGUGGCAGACGAGGGACUCCUUACUGAAGGCUUCUUUUGGAUACCUUCUCUUGCUGGUCCAACUACAGUUGCAGCUCGUCAGAAUGGAAGUGGUAUCUCUUGGCUUUUUCCUUUUGUGGAUGGUCUCCCUCCCCUUGGAUGGUCAGAUACAUUGGCUUACCUGGUCUUGCCUGUGUUGCUGGUCGUCUCUCAGUACAUCUCUGUCCAAAUAAUGCAGUCAUCACAGCCUAAUGAUCCCAACAUGAAAAGUUCUCAAGUCUUGACCAAGUUCCUUCCAUUAAUGAUUGGUUACUUUGCUCUCUCAGUUCCUUCUGGUCUUAGCCUUUACUGGUUAACAAAUAAUAUAUUGAGCACUGCACAACAAGUAUGGCUUCAAAAGUUAGGAGGUGCCAAAAAUCCAGUCAGGCAAGUCCCAGGUGAUAUCAUGAAGAAUGACGUAACACAGGUUCAGAAGUCAAUAUCUAAACUAAAUUCCACAGCAGCGGAAGAAACCAGACAAAAUGAGAAAAAAUCAGAGGGGCCACGAGCUGGUGAUAGAUUUAAGCAAUUAAAGGAGCAAGAGGCAAGGCGAAGACAACAAAGAGAAGAAGAAAAAAGAAAAAGCAUGGAAGCAGCAGCUAGAGAAACUAAAGUAAAUGAGAGUCACGAGUCACUUGAGAAAACUGGAGGUGAUUUAGUUGUUGAAAAACCUCUGUCUGUGGCUUCAGACACUGAUCCCUCCAUAUCUGGAGUAGUAAAUGGUAACCUUUUAGGUAAAGACUUGGAUGGAAAUCAGAAUUCUACAUCUACAUCUGAGACAGAAAAUAAUGAAGGUUCUACACAUUCCAACAAUGUUGAGAUAAACGAGAAAAAUUCAGACAAGGAACCAAGAGAAGUAUUAACAUCUUCAACCACUACAAACAGACAAGCUCCUGCAGAAGAUGCAGAACGCAUGACAAAGGAUUGA